AAACCGGAACCAUUGUGGUGUUGUUGUUCUAAGCCGACGGAUUUAAAACCGUCGGACAAAAGGGCAAACUCUUCAGCCUGUAUAAUGCAUGGAUGUAUAAACAGAAUAUAAUGUUGUAACUAAAAAAAUACAUAUAUUAAUUUUAAGUAUCGAGGAUGUGGGUCGCGAGGCGAUUCCUUUCGUCGGUCGCUCAGAGAAGUCAGUAUGCAGCACAGUCUGGUUUAUUCCAUCGCCCUCGGCAUGGCUGCCCCCCGAAGCUGGAGCCGCGGUACCUCCAGUGCACAUGUUGCUGGCGGAGCCGGGUUCCCGUGGUAGGCUUUGAGACCCUGAAUGCCUCCAUCACCUCCACCUCCACCUGCGAUGAGGACAACAGAUCCCUGGAUGCCUGCUACACCUCCGAGCAACGGGACACCAUCCUCCAGAUGCUCAACAACGCUUCACCUUCAGAGCUGGCGGGUGUCAAACUCCUCAGAGGCCGCAAGUCAGUCAACAUUGUGGAGUACAGGACUAAAAACGGACCAUUUAAAACUCUGGAGAGUGUGGUGAAAGUUCCGCUGCUGAAACACAAAAGUGCUGUCACUGUGUUCAACUCCAUCCUCAACCCGGUGAAGAAGGAGAGGAAAGUGAGGAUUCAGUGGGCCAAGUUUAUCAGGCCAGAAGUUGACAGGUCCUGGUUGGAGGAGGCGAAUACAAUUGUGUCAAUCGUGUGCGGGACUAAUAAAAUCGCCUGGGCUCACGUGGACCGGGAGAUGAUGGUGCUGGAUUGGCAACAGCUAGAAUGCCCAAAUUUCUUGAGGGGAACAUACAUGGCUUCUGCUUACUUGAAUGAUGUUUCUGCAGUUCUGUCAGUCCUGCCCUCAGCUGACUUUUACAUAGUAGAGAAAUCCUCCAUCUCAGUGCAGAAUACAGCUCUGUUCCCGGUCAUGGCCCACAUGAGGACUGUGGAGGCCAUGCUGUUUGCUCUGCUUGAGCCAAGAAACUUACCAGCUGCGUCCAACAUUCCUCCAAGGGUGUUGAACAUGAUGCGUACCGCUGUGGGACGUCACUUUGAACUCAUGGUGGGCGAGUCGCGGGCCAGUGGAGCGGAGACAGUGCGAGAGCUGAUGUCGGAUUCGAUGACACGGAAGCUCCCCAGGAUAAACUUCCCCCCCGAUCUGCUGAUGAAGUACAGGAAUGCUUUCCAGAUGGGCAGCAAGAGAGGAGGAGAGGAACUCUGUGACGCUCUGCUUCAGGCUGUGGCUUUCUACGAACUGCUCAGCAAAUCCUCCAGUUAGCCGCCACAUGGUCUCAUCUCAGGCACCGAACAAGUGGAAUUCUGAGCCUUUGCGGUCUUUUAACAAACAUUUACCUCUGGAAAAGAUUUGGUAAAAGGAUGAUGAUAUGUGAUAAUAAAUAUUUUUGCUGUUACAUGAAACACUCUUAAUACUGUUGCUUAGCAUGAGGGACGCUGCAAUGCUUUGUUAUUGCUGCAGUGGACCUUUAUCAUAAAGUCAAUACCUGUCUGAGGUUAUAUGGAUUAUGCAAUAACCUUUAGGAAAAACACUGCAAUGAUCCCACAAGCAACUUACAUAAAUACCUGAACACUCAUCAUUUAAAAAUGUUCAUUUACAAAAAUAUAAUUUUAUUUGAUUUACUUUUCACAGAAAUAAAACAUGAUUUUCAUCUGA